AACUUCACAACUCACACAUCCACUACUCAACACAAAAAAUAGUCUUAAUUAGUUAGUGUGUCAAUUUGUGCCUCAAAUUGAAACUAGCUAUAGAUAUGGCCAAUUCCCUUAAUAACCACCUGUUUGUUGUAGUAUCUAUUCUUUCUCUCUUAGCCUUUUCUAGCAACGCACAACUAUCUCCCACCUUCUAUGCCAAAACUUGCCCCAACCUUCAAACCAUUGUGCGCAGUGCAAUGAGGCAAGCUGUUGCUAAAGAAGCCAGGAUUGGUGCCUCUAUUCUUCGCUUGUUCUUUCAUGAUUGCUUUGUAAAUGGCUGUGAUGGAUCAAUCUUAUUGGACGACACUGCCACCUUCACUGGCGAGAAAAAUGCAGGACCUAACAGAAAUUCAGCGAGGGGCUUCGAAGUUAUUGAUACCAUUAAAACCAACGUUGAAGCUUCUUGCAAUGCCACCGUUUCUUGUGCUGAUAUCCUAGCACUUGCCACAAGAGACGGAGUUGUGCUGCUAGGAGGACCCUCGUGGAGCGUCCCACUUGGAAGAAGAGAUGCAAGAACAGCAAGCCAGAGUGCAGCCAACAGCCAAAUCCCAGGACCAUCCUCGGACCUCUCAACCCUAACAUCAAUGUUUGCAGCCAAAGGCCUAACCUCAAGUGACUUAACCGUGCUCUCUGGAGGCCACACAAUAGGCCAAGCACAAUGCCAGUUCUUCAGGAACCGCAUAUACAACGAAACCAACAUAGACACCAACUUCGCCACCACCAGAAAAGCCAAUUGCCCUGCCACCGGUGGGAACACCAACCUGGCCCCUCUCGACACCCUCACCCCCAACCGCUUCGACAACAAUUACUUCUCCGACCUCGUUAACGGCCGCGGCCUUCUCCACUCCGACCAAGUUCUCUUCAAUGGUGGGUCUCAGGAUGCCCUUGUGAGGACCUACAGUGGCAACAAUGCUGCAUUCUUUAGGGACUUUGCUGCUGCCAUGGUGAAGUUGGGCAACAUUAGUCCCCUCACUGGGUCCAGUGGGGAGAUCAGAAGGAAUUGCAGGGUUGUGAAUUGAUCAUGAUGUAUUUUGUAAUAAUGAUGCAUGCAUUGGCAUUUAAUUCAUGUUUGUGUGUUGGCUUUUUGUGUAGCUGGUGAUGGCAAUAAUAACAAGAGUAUCAGCAGGUGGUAGUAGUAGCGACGUGUUAGAGGUCAUGACUCAUGAGAGAUUAGUGUAUUGCAAGGUCAUGGUCAUAUAAGUUUGACUAGAUCUUGGGUUAUAUUAAUGUUAGUAUUUUUCAGUUGGUAAUUUUGUGUUGCUUUCUAGUUUUA